ACUAAAGUUAAAGGAACAGUUAGGAGUUAGUAAUAUUCUAUUAGACUUGUAUACAACUAGAGUAGGGGUUGGGUUAAACUACAGAGCAUCUGUAGUUCAGAGGAUCUUUGUUUCUACUAAACUACAGAACAUCUGUAGUUCAGAGGAUCUUUGUUUCUACUAAACUACAGAACAUCUGUAGUUCAGAGGAUCUUUGUUUCUCCAUCAUGAGACUUGGUGGCCACAUGACCUUCUGAGGUGACCUCUGGUGACCCCAGGUGACCCCAGGUGACCUCACGUUGUCCUGUAAAAGACAGUGAAACCCUCCAGAAGCGAUGCGGCGGCUGCUCGUCGUGGACAGGAGUGACACCGGGCCGGCGGUGGAAACCAGGACGCCGAUCCAGGUGAACUGUUCUUCCCCUCGUCGUCCUUUGUGCCGCGGCCUCGUUCCCUCGGCUCGGCUUACCUUUGUGUUCCCUUAUGUUCUGAUUUUAGUUUUUCAGAAUAAAAGCUCGGCCCGGGGACAUAAAGGAGCCCGUCUCCGGGGAGGGCGCGGCCUUCCGAGCGUGUCCUCGUUCUCUCACUUCCCACGCCGCCGCGGCCUGGGCACGGGGUCGGAUGAGGAUGAGGAGGAUGAGGAGGAGGAUGAGUUGUUUACUGAGUUUAUUACAUCGGCUCAAAGAAGAUGAAGGACAAGGAGAAGGACAAUAUGAAGGAGAAGGACAAGAAGAAGAAGAAGAAGAAGAAGAAGAAGAAGAAGGAGGUAAAGAGAGGAGGAGGUAUAUAAAAGCUCGUCUGUGAUCGGCUACUCAACCGUAAUCAUUCAGCGGCUCGUGUUGGAGGCGGAGCUUCCUGUUGACGCUCUGAUGACAGACAGUUCAUUUGAUCUCAAUGAAAGUUGAAUGAAACGUGUUCUGGUGAAAUCAGGUUGUUGAGCUUCGUUUGAUUUGGAUGCUAAAUAUUUACAAACAUGUGGAUUUUUAAGACUUCCUGUUUCUAAGACUCCGCCCCCUUUGGCCUGUUGUUAGAUUUCCGAUGGCUCGACACCUUGUGUUGUUAGAGAUCCUCGACCAAUGGGAACCUCUCUGGUGGGUUGAUUCAUAUGAGCGAUGAGGAGUCGAGAUUAAAGAGACUCUGAAAGGGGGAUGAGAGGAAGGAGGGAGGCGUCCUCUCCUCUUUCAUGGUGAAGGAGGUCACGUCGCAGGCAGAGGGCCCAGUUCUUCUUCCUCGGGACAAUGAAGACGCGCCUCCUUCCUCCUCCUCUUCCUCGGCCUUUGUCUGCAUCCAGGUUUAUAAAUCAAAGCCUCCUCAUCUUCUCCUCAAACCCUCGUCCUCCUCCUCCUCGUCCUCCUCUUCCUCGUCCUCCUCACGAUGCUGAGCCACUCGGACGGAGCGAUGUCGCUGUCCAGGCUGCUGGGCCUCCUCGUCCUCUCCUCCCUCUGCUCAGCCAUGUUCAAACCUGACCAAGCCAGCGAGGAGGGCAGUGGGGGCGGACCCAACACCUACAACUUGUCCGGCACCGAGUCUUCCGAGUCCAGCGAGUCGUCCGAGUCCUCCGAGUCGACUCGGACGACUCGGAAGCCUGAGGCUCGCUGGUCACCCGUCGCCCCCAUGGGCAAAAUUGCCCCCGGGGAACACUGGCCACCCGGUGGCAACAUGAGUGAUGACGCUCCCUGGCUAAUAAGUAUCAACGCGAGUAAUGAGGCUCCCUGGCCACCAGGUGGCAACAUGAGUGAUGUGCGGCCCGUGGCACCGUGGUCACCCAUCAACAUGAGUAUUAUGCCCCCGAUGCUCGGAGACCCCGACCCGAUAACCUCCUUCUGCGACGUGCUGUUGAACUCGCCGGUGCUGCCGCCCAUCGACCAGAUUCCCCUCUUCUGCAUCUGUUCACACUGCAAAGGCACCGUGGGGCCCAAAGGAGACCGAGGAGACCGCGGCCUUCCAGGUGCACCUGGGAGUCCUGGGAGAAGAGGAAUGACGGGGUUCGCUGGUCCUCCAGGAUUCACAGGACGUCAAGGGAUGAAGGGUCAGAAGGGAGACCUGGGGGAGAAAGGGCCCGCCGGCGCCGGCGGCUUCACCGGCAUGAAGGGCCGUCGGGGCUUCAAAGGGGAGAAGGGGAACGAAGGACUGGAAGGCCCACCAGGCUCACAGGGCGCCAUAGGCCAAUCCGGUACAUGCCCCGCCUCCUGUGAGAGUCUACCAGGUCCCCCUGGCGAGCAAGGAGUCCCUGGACCGGCCGGAACCCGGGGUCUGCCUGGGGUCCUGGGACCUAUUGGACCCAAGGGUACCACGGGCAACAAAGGAGACACGGGUAUACUCGGGGGCCCCGGGACGCCCGGCCAGAAGGGCGACCAAGGGGAGCGGGGGAUGUGUGAGUGCACGGACGGGGCCGACGGCACCGACGGGCAACGCGGAGACAAGGGGGCUGAAGGGGCCAAAGGUCACGCUGGUGUUCAGGGCCCCAUUGGGCUGAAGGGCCAGGAGGGCAGUAUGGGUCUCAUGGGGGUGCCUGGGCCUUGCACCGCGGCCGCCAAAUCCUCGUUCUCCGCCUCCAUGAUUGAGUCGUUUCCUGAGCCCAACUUGCCGGUUCCUUUCCCGGCCGUCAUCCUCAACAUGCCGGGCCACUUCAACCCGCUGAUGGGCAUGUACACCGCCCCCAUCAACGGCACCUACGUCUUCACCUUCAACCUGGCCAUCAGGGGGAAGCCCCUGAAGGUCGGCCUGUUCCGGAGCUUCUUCUCCGUGAUCAAGGUGACGGAAGGAACCGACCGGUCCACCACCAGCCAGACCGUGGUGCUCCACCUGUCCAUGGGGGAGAUGGUGUGGCUGCAGGUGAAGGACGACACCACCAACGGCAUCUUCGUCAGCGACGAGAGCAGCAGCACCUUCUCCGGCUAUCUGCUCCACCCCGACUCCUGCGAGAUGCCCCGAGGACGACAUCAUCACGUCGUCCAGACGUUCAGUCCCGGCGACUUUGGGAAUGUUUGGGGUUCAAGCAGCACCACCCAAACCCCCACCCCUAAGCCCUAACCCCACCCCUAAGCCCAAACCCCAUCCCUAAACCCUAACCCCACCCCCAACCCCACCCCUAAACUCUAAC